AAAAAAAUGGCCACGACGUCUCCAGCACCUGCGGAGCCAGCAGCGGACGAUGGCCGUCCUCGCAAAAGGAACAAGCGGGACAAGUCGUACGGCAGCUACUUGCCGUUAGGGUCAGCGCUGCGAACGUAUUGCGCCACGGUGUCGUAUGACGGCAGUGGAUUCAUCGGGUUCCAGCUGCAAGAUCUUCAAGACGCCAACAAGUCGAACGGGGCCGCCGCGGCGCGCACGGUGCAACGCGUGUUGGAGGAUGCGUUGAAACGAACGACUGGAGAAACGAUCCGUCUUCGAUUUGCUUCACGGACAGACAAGGGCGUGCAUGCCGUGGGUCAAGUCAUCGCGUUUGCAAGUGCGGUCGCCAUCGACGACGAUUCCAAUGACGACACGUCCGUGUUUCUGCGAGCCAUCAACAACCGCCUGCCAGACGAUGUGGUGAUCACGGCCAUGACGCGACGUGUCCCUGCCGACUUUGAACCACGUCGACAAAAUAAAGCCAAGUGCUACAUCUACCGCCUUCGCCAUGGCGCCACGCGGCUACCAUUGCAGCGCCAUCAAGUGUGGCAGAUGGCCAAGCCGCUAAACGUCGACGCGAUGGUGGAAGCCGCAGGAUUCCUGCAAAGCGACGAAGCGCAGGACUUCCGCAUGUUCACACCGUCCAAAGCCCUCGACGAGGCCACGAGCACGUGGUGUACAGUCACGAAAGUGCACUUGCACACUGAUGCGGACCAGAUCUUGCACGUCCAAGUGGUCGGGAACCGGUUUCUGUACAAAAUGGUCCGCACGAUUGUCGGCGUGUUAGUCGACGUCGGGCUCGGCAAGCUCACGCCGCAACAAGUCCGCGAUAUGGUCACGCACCCCACGGACAGGACAUUGGUCGCAGGGGCGCCGCCCCACGGCCUUGUGCUGCAGUGGAUUCAACUGAAGGAGUGUUUCGAACAGAGUUGAGUGCCCAUCGUCACGUAUUGCGUUCGGUUUGCGUCAAAACACAGCAAAGAACGAACAAAAGUUGGAUGCGGCGCUCCGGUGUGGUCGCAUUGCCGGGAGUGCACG